AUGUGGAUCACUGUAAACAUCUGCCUAUAUCUGUGCUUUACCUGUAUAUCAGCUGCCUUCAUCCCCAGCUCAGAAUCUUGUCGACUUCAGGGACACUUUAGGUUGAACGGGAUGUACCAGGAUGGAGAUUUUGUUAUUGGAGGCCUGUUUGAGGUUCAGCACCUCAAAGUAUUUCCAGACCUGAGCUUCAGAAUGGAGCCAGAACAACCGCAGUGUGAAGAAUUCUAUAUGUCAAGUUUCCAGCAGGCACAGACUAUGGUUUUUGCUAUAGAUGAGAUCAAUAAAAAUCAAAACUUGCUGCCAAACAUCACUCUUGGAUACAAUCUGUAUGACAACUGCUUAAAACUUGUAGUGGCAUUCAGGGCGGCCACAUCUCUUAUCAGUGGGACAGAGGAGUCCCUACCCAGCUCCCACAAAUGUAUUGGACCACCACCAGUUCUUGCUAUUGUGGGGGAUCCAGGGUCCACACACUCCAUUGCAGUUUCAAGUGUGCUUGGCCUAUUUAGGGUUCCAAUGGUCAGCUAUUAUGCCACCUGCACCUGUCUGAGUGACAGGGAAAAGUACCCGUCCUUCUUCAGAACUAUCCCCAGCGAUGCCUUCCAGGUGAGGGCUAUGAUGCAGAUCUUGAGACAUUUUGGAUGGACAUGGGUUGGUGUUAUCUACAGUGAUGAUGAUUAUGGGAUCUAUGCCGCUCAGUCCUUUCAUCAGGAGAUGCAGUUGCAUGGAGGUUGUGUGGCUUUCUCUGAAAUAAUGCCCUAUGAUAAUCGCAGAGACAUUCAGCGCAUAGUGAAAGUGAUUGAGGCCUCUACAGCAAAAGUAGUGGUGGCAUUCUCAACCGAUCUGUUAGCCCUGAUGGAUGAGUUAUUGUUGCAAAACGUGACAGGGUUACAGUGGAUUGCGAGCGAAGCUUGGACCACUUCACCUGUGCUUCAUGCCCCACGAUACUCACCCCUCGUUGGGGGCACACUGGGUAUCGCUAUCCGUCGUGGAGAGAUCCAAGGACUUCUUGAGUUUUUACAACGCCUUCGUCCAGACAAUGACGCAAGAAAUAAUUUGGUUAGAAUUUUCUGGGAGAAUAUUUUUGGGUGUAAGUUUGAGACUGGAGACAGUGAAGGGGAAAACCGUUGUACAGGAGAAGAGGAUCUGAGCAGUAUUGUUAAUGAAUAUAAUGAUGUAUCAGAGUUGAGAGCUUCAUAUAAUGUGUAUAAGGCAGUUUAUGCUCUGGCACAUGCACUUCAUGAUCUGAUGCAGUGUGAGGAGGGGAAAGGACCAUUCAGUGAGAAUAAAUGUGCUGACAUAAACAACCUGCAGCCCUGGCAGCUGGUCCAUUAUCUACAGAAAGUGAACUUCACCACAGGUUUUGGGGAUCGUGUGUCAUUUGAUGAGAAUGGAGAUGCUCUGGCCAUCUAUGAUGUGAUGAACUGGCAGCCGAGCUCUGAUGGGUCCAUCAUUGUCCGAACAGUCGGUGUGGUGGAUGAAGGAGCGACUACAGGGAAAGUGCUCACACUGAAUGAAGAUGAAUUAUACUGGAACUCUGACUCUAGAAAACCUCCACGGUCUGUGUGUAGUGAGAGCUGCCCUCCAGGCACCAGACGGGCCAGAAGAAAGGGCCUUCCUGUCUGCUGCUUUGACUGCCUGCCAUGUGCAGAUGGAGAGAUUUCUAACACAACAGAUGCAAAUGAGUGCAUGGUGUGUCCAGAAGAUUCUUGGUCCAAUCCAGAAAAGAAUCGCUGUGUCCCAAAGGAAGUGGAGUAUCUGUCCUAUGAGGAACCUCUGGGCAUCUCUCUGACCACUGCUUCACUACUCGGAACAGGCUUCUGUGCUCUUGUGAUGAUCAUCUUUGUACAUCACCGUAACACUCCUAUAGUGCGCGCAAAUAAUUCAGAGCUCAGCUUCCUGCUGCUGCUGUCACUCAAACUGUGUUUUCUAUGUGUGCUGCUGUUUAUUGGUCGUCCACAGUUGUGGACAUGUCAGUUAAGACAUGCUGUGUUUGGCAUUAGUUUUGUUCUGUGUGUCUCCAGUAUUCUGGUCAAGACUAUGGUGGUAAUAGCCGUGUUCAAGUCAUCUCGACCAGAAGGUAAAAGUGCAAUGAAAUGGUUUGGAGCAGCUCAACAAAGAGGCACAGUCUUGGUACUAACUGCUCUCCAGGUUAUAAUAUGUGCAGUUUGGCUAUCAACUGCUUCUCCUGCACCUCAUAAAAACACCCAGUACAUCAGGUCUAAAAUAGUGUAUGAAUGUGCUGUUGGUUCAGUGGCUGGUUUUGCCAUUCUGCUGGGAUACAUUGGACUUUUGGCAGCUGGAAGCUUUCUGUUAGCCUUUCUGGCAAGGAACCUCCCAGAUAACUUUAAUGAGGCCAAGUUCAUAACAUUCAGCAUGUUGAUCUUCUGCGCUGUGUGGAUCACAUUUGUUCCAGCAUAUGUCAGCUCACCAGGGAAAUAUGCAGUGGCUGUGGAGAUUUUUGCCAUUUUAGCCUCCAGUUUUGGACUGCUUGUUUCCAUUUUUGCCCCAAAGUGCUACAUCAUCAUAUUGCAUCCAGAGAGAAACACCAAAAAAGCCCUCAUGGCUAGACAAACUGAAAAUAAAUAA